AUGGAUAAGACAUAAGGAAGUAGAAGAAGCAGCAGCGCCAUUUCACUUUUCAUUCAUUAGUGUCAAGGCCUACAUCGCUUUAUAGGAUACCCAGAACGUCAUCAUGGUGAAAAUUUUUAUUGGCAAUCUUGCCUGCAAUACCACAGCUGAGGAGCUGCGUGAACUCUUUGAGAAGUAUGGAAAAGUCACAGAAUGUGACAUUGUCAAAAACUAUGGUUUUGUACACAUGAACAACAUGUCUGAAGCAGAGGAGGCCAUUCGAAACCUCCACCAAUACCAGUUGCAUGGCUGGCGCAUGAAUGUGGAGAUGAGCAAAGGGAGGCCCAAGUCCACCACCAAGCUGCAUGUCAGCAACCUCGGUGAAGGGGUCACCAGUGAUGUUCUGCGAGCCAAAUUUGAAGAGUUUGGCACAGUGGUGGAGUGUGACAUAGUGAAGGAUUAUGCCUUUGUCCACAUGGAGCGAGUGGAGGAUGCCAUGGAUGCCAUCAAUAAGCUGGACAACACAGCCUUCAAAGGCAAGCUGAUGAGCGUACAGCUGUCCACCAGUCGGCUUCGCACUGCCCCAGGAAUGGGAGAUCAUACCGGCUGCUAUGUCUGCGGGAAACAUGGUCACUGGUCGAAAGAUUGUCCAGUCGGUCGGAACGGUAGCCACGGUGAUGGCAUGAGAGGUCGCGGUGGCCGGGGCCCCCCACGCGGUCCCCCAGGUUAUGGCAGGGGCAGCUACGGGAUGGCCUCACCUCCAGCAGCUGAUUACAUGGGUGGUUCUGCGUAUAGUCAGGGUAGUUAUGUAGGUGGGUUGCCGCCUCCGCCUCGUAGGCUUAGUGGUUAUGGCUCUGAGAGGUCAUCACCUUAUGAUCGUGACCAUCUCUACAACAGUGUUGACUAUUAUGAGAAGUACAGAGCUCGCCCUUAUGGCUCAAGCUAUUUCGAGGAUCGUCGCAUGUCCUAUCUCCCCCCUCCCCCACCCCCCCCUUCCUCCCUUUCAAAGCUCUCCUCCAGUGUAGAUCCAUAUGACCGUCGGCCACUGCCUCCACCUUCAUCGGCCGCUUCAGCUGCCGCAUACUAUGCACAAGACGGCAGCCCGAUCGGAAGAGUACCAGACUCUUCGGCAGGCUAUGCCUGUGAGCGAACACGGCUGUCACCGGUGUCCUCCAGGAGCUAUGCUGUUCCACGACCCAAGGAUCAUUAUGCGCCACGAUAUGCGCCUUACUAAAACCAUGGUGCCAAGGUCUGUUUGUGAACUGCGGGACUUUUCCUUUGCCCAUCCUUUCUUCAAGCUACAUGAUUCCAUCAGUCUGCGCGUAUUGCGGCAAAGCAUAUGAGAUGCGGAUAUUCAGUUUGGAAAUUGUGUUGGCAUCUUCAAGGCACCUGAGAUGUCAGUUGCCUGCAGAUGAAUCGUUCUUUCAGUCACAUUCACAUAUUCUGUUUUCAAUAAGGAUGAUUAGCAAAGUGCACUGUUUAACAUUUAUGAUGUAUAAAACAAUUUUCUCACUUGCUCUACAGGUUUUCAGCUCAGUUUUUAGCCAUGUCUUUUUUGUCCUACCUGCGUUUCUUCCUCACAUGAAGCAAAUUGUUAAAUUCAGCAAAUGUUAAUUGUUUGGCUUCUGUUUAUCAUUCAGAAGAAACCUGGAUUUAUAUCUCUGUGAAGAUGCUACUCCAUACCUACAGGUACUACAUGCAUAAUAUCUAAGGUUGCACCAUAUGCUAUAUUGUAGCUGAUGUUCACCUCCUCAAAAAUGUACACAUCCGGGCCAUGGCGUAGAUGGAGAAACUAUGUGUGGACAGCAAAAACGUAUUGGCUGCUGGUGUUUUCCCCUACAUGUUACUGAUUCUGGUGGAGUUUGUCGAGUGAAGACAACAUUAAGGAAGUUAAAGAAAGACGCUCAUUAGUCUCCUCCUUUUCAGGAACAAACAUCUAACAAAGCAGUUACUCUCUUAGUUCUGUAAAUCACUGAAGCUCACCGAUGCUCUGCAUCACAAAGUUAAAGAAAGAAUGUAAACAAAGUUACUGUGGAGAACAUAAAGCAUGAUAUGAUCAUAUGAUCAUAUCAUAUUCUAUGGAGGUUAUGUGAAUGGAUGAAAUCUGAUUCAACUGUCAAUCAAAACCUAUGCCAUAGGUACUUACGGUGGGACUCUUAACCCCUUGCAUAAACUAUAAAUCCAGCUUAAGUGUUCUUGUUCUAUCAAUAUAUAAAUAUCUACUUUAUUUUCAUUUGAUGCAGGUUAACCCAUGCAGUUAGCUGUAUCAGUUGCUUGUAGUGCAAAAGAGCCUUAUCUUGCUCCUCAGCACACAUCUCACAUUACCCGAGUCAGUUAUAUGAAUGUAGAUAAAGAUUUAUAUUUGACUAAGAUAUUUUUCAAAAAUGAUCUUCAUCAUUGGUGACAAAUGGUAUGCCGUGGAGAUCUGUGAUUCUUCAGGCAUGUUCUAUGAUAGCAGUAGUUUUCACUGAGCAAUUACUUCCUUUGUGCUUGACAGGGUGAAACACAGUGAGCUGUCUAGUGUUGCAACUGACCUGGCUGAGUCAGGAUACAGAAUCCCACUUUUGAGUGGCGUGUGAGACAGUUUAACGUAAGACAUAUUAUCUCAAAAACAUUCCAGCCUCUUAUUUUUUUCUAAUUUCAAUGUGUUAACAAAAUAUAAAAUUAAUGAAUUUUGUAUUACUUGUUUAGGUUUCUGCUGAUCUGAAUUCAAAAUUCUUGAAAUACAAGUGUUGAGUGACACCAAAACAAGAACAUUUGCUGACAAGGACUGGCAGCAAAAUAACAUAACAUUUUCUUCCCACUGACAAUGUUGCACACAUUGCCUACACCUGACAACAAAAACGAACCCUUCAUAUCUGGGAUUGUAGUCUGGGAUGGAUUUAUAUUGUAUCCAUAUAACAGCAUAAGCAAAUACAGAAAUGUGAGGCAGGACUCAGGGCUUGGGCUGUAUAAGUCAUGAGGCACUUGCUUUGUUGACGGUGCCUUUGUUUGUUUUGCAUAUAGGUGGAUUUGAAGUUUGUAUUUUUCAUAUUAGUUGUAAAAGCAUCGGUAUACAUUAAAAAUCUAAAAUGAAUAUGAUUUUUAAUAAAGCCAAAACUACUUUGGUCUUAAUAUUUUUCAGUUCUUUGUUUGAAACCCUAUUUGGUGGCAUCUAACUUUGUUUGUAGGUGCAUUUUCUAUAUCUUAUUUUGAGCACGAGAAUCACGGUUUUACCACUUUGUCAUUUUAAGGGCAUUAAACUCUGUGUCAUCUGUUGUGUUUUUCUCCAAAAGGUCACCAUAUACAGAAGUGGGCAAUGUGGAUAAAAUCUAACACAGUGUAGAUUCACAGUGCAUGUAGGUGUUUGUGUUGUUUUAAUCACAAUAUCGAUAUAGAUAUAUUGCAGUUCAGUCAUUUUUUUGAAAAUCGAUUGAGUGAUGAGCUGAAAUCUACAGUUGCUGACAUUGAGGCAAAGGUCAUAAAAUAAUGCCAUUAAACAGUACUGCUUAUUGAUUUGGCCUGAUUUCCAGUAACAGCCAUAUGGAAUAUUACUGUCAAAGCAUAGACAACUCGAACAGUGUGGGGAAAUCUGACAGAAGAAUUUCUAUUGUUUUAUAUAAUAUAAGUCUAGCAGUGUCCUACCACCCAGAGUUGUCUAUACAUUUUGUGUCUAGAUCAGUGGUUACCAGCUGAAAGGGUCAAAGUUACUGGUAUGGGAAAGAAGAAUGUGAAACAUGAUUUUUCUUU